AUGACGCGAGAAGAAGAAGAAUUCCCUAUUGCGUUUUCUUUGGUAGUUUACAAAGACGUGGAAAUGGUUGAGAGAUUACUCCGCGCAAUUUACAGACCACAGAACUACUACUGUAUUCACGUCGAUGCUAAAUCGAAAAAAGAAUUCCUUUUCGCUAUGUCUUCUAUAGCACAAUGUUUCGCUAAUGUUUUCUUAUCAACUGAAAGAGUGGAUGUUAAAUGGGGACAAUAUACUAAUCUAGAACCGGAACUGAUUUGCAUGAAACAGCUGUGGAGGUACAGAAAAUGGAAGUACUUUAUCAACCUCACUGGACAAGAGUUCCCAUUGAAAACAAACGCACAGCUGGUGAAAAUAUUGCAUGCAUUCAACGGUGCUAAUGGUAUAGACGGAACGAUAAAAAGAGCUAACCUUGAGCGAUGGCCUACCAAACCACCAAGAGGUUUAAGACCAGUUAAAGGAGCAGUUCAUAUAAUUGCAAACAGGUUUUUCGUUGACUAUAUUCUCCACAACGAAACAGCAAAAGAUCUGAUUGAGUGGCUGAAAAGUACUAAGCAUCCAGAUGAAACACUUUUUUCCACAUUAAACUACAACCCUCAGUUAGGGAUUCCUGGUACUUAUAAAGGUGGAGCAGAGAGCGAUGAAUCGUUAUCGAAUCAAAGAGAAUUUUUUAAAGGAUGCGCUAAAUCUAUUGAAAACUUGGCUGAAAUGUUCAGAGUUGAAGAAGCAAACUGCAAGGCAAUAUUUUCUGGCAACAAAGAUGACGUAGACGAAGGUGUACACAAGGCUAAUGUGACCAAACGUAGCUUGAAGUCCAACGGUUAUUAUUUGAAUUUAACAGAAAACUGUGACGUCUUUAAAAACGCGCGUGGUUACGUCACAUGCCCAAUGACGCGAGAAGAAGAAGAAUUCCCGAUUGCGUUUUCUUUGGUAGUUUACAAAGACGUGGAAAUGGUUGAGAGAUUACUCCGCGCAAUUUACAGACCACAGAACUACUACUGUAUUCACAUCGAUGCUAAAUCGGACCAAGAUUUUUUCCUAGCUAUUUCCGGAAUAGCGGAAUGUUUUACUAAUGUGUUUGUAUCGACUCAGAGAGUGGACGUCCAGUGGGGAGAAUUCAGUGUUCUGGAACCGGAACUGCUGUGCAUGAAACAGCUGUGGAGAUAUACAAAAUGGAAGUACUUUAUCAACCUCACUGGACAAGAGUUUCCGUUGAAGACAAACGCUCAGCUGGUGAAAAUUUUAAAAGCGUACAAUGGUGCAAAUGAUGUGGAAAGUACAGUUAAAAGGCGAAACCCUGAAAGAUGGCCAACAACCCCACCUAGAGAUUUUCGACCUGUUAAAGGAGCUUCUCAUAUAACAGUCAACCGAGACUUUGUAGACUAUCUUCUACACAAUAAAACGUCCAUUGAUCUCCUAACGUGGGUUAAAGACCAAGACUACCCAGAUGAAACAUUCUUCGCCACAUUAAACCACAACCCUCAACUUGGAAUAUCUGGUACAUUUAUAGGUGAGCCAGAAACAAACCAUGAAACCAAGCCGUUUUUGUCCAGGUUCAAGAACUGGGGAAGCGAGUGUCUACUUACCUGGAAAAAUGAGACAGACACGUCAAAAGAAAUGCGCCUCAAUGUGGCCCUGUGCAGGGAAAUUUGCCAGAGCAUCUGUAUACUCACAACAGGUGACCUCCCAUUAUUAUAUACCGUCCCACAUCUUUUCGCCAACAAGUUCUACCUAAGUGAAGAUCUCCUGGCAGUAGGUUGUUUGGAAGAAAAGUUAAUGAACGACACAAGGGAUGAGUUUCUUGGUGUCAAGACGUUCAACGUGUCUUAUUAUGAGAGUGUUGGGUUUGUUAAAAACAAAGUAGAAUAG